GAUAGUCACAGCUUUUGCCGUUUCAUCAUCGUCUUCUUCCCCCCCUCUAUUGUAUAAAUAUCCGAGCGGCGGUCACCGCGUCGUCGCCACACACAGUUCCUCCCAGUCCAGACGUUCAACCAUGUUCAAGGUGUAUGCAGAGCGGGCGGAGUUACUGCUGGAGGACUGCCGUGCGGGUGCCGGGCCGUGGCUGCGCCUGACGGCAAAUGCGUCAACUGGCGGCGUGGACAUCGAGCAGCUAGAGAACAGUGCUGCGCAACCCAGCGAAGACGCGGCCACGGUGCCUAUCCACGCGGUUUACGGUGUGUACACGCUGCUGAGCGGUCCGUAUCUGGCGGUGGUGACGGACUCGCGCGUGGUGGGGUCGGGACCGAAUAGUGAGAAGAUCUACUGUAUCCUGGAGCUAACGCUGCUGCCCGUGAGCGCUGCGGCGCACCAGAGCUUCUUCAAACACGCCAGCACCCGCGAAAAGCAGGAUGAGCGGGAAUAUUGCCGCAUGCUCACGUCGGCGCUGGCUUCGCGUACUUUUUACUUCAGUUACGACUUGGAUCUGACGUUGUCGGCCCAGAAACGUGCGUCGGCCACGUCCUCGUCGGCGGCACAACGCCAGUCGCCCCUGUACGCGCGUGCGGAGGAGGAUUUCUUCUGGAACAAGCCAGUGCUGAGCAAGUUCAUCGAGCUGGAGCUCGGCGACUGGAUUGUGCCCGUUAUCUCGGGCUUCGUGAAGGUCAUAAAGAAAUGCGAUGUCAACGGCCAGCGCUGCGAUAUCCUCUUCUUCACUAGAAGGAGCUGGCGACGAGUAGGCACUCGCUUUAACGUGCGAGGCGUAGACAAGGACGGAUGCGUCGCCAACUUCGCAGAGACGGAGAUGCUGCUGGUUAAACCGUCCAGGGCCGUGUGCUCGUACGUGCAGGUGCGAGGCAGCAUCCCUCUGUACUGGGAUCAGAUGGUCACACUCAAGUACAUGCCACGCACGCGCUACGCCUUCUCGGGCCACGAAAGCGUUGUUGACUGGAACGAAUUGGCCUUCCGUGCUCACAUGGACAACCUUAUCCAACGCUACGGACACAUUACGUGCGUGAACCUCAUUGACAAGGCUGGCAAGAGCGCGACGGUGCGUGACCAGGCCCAACUUGGCUCGGCGUUUGGCAAAUACGUCAAGAAGUACAAUCAGUUGUCGAAAUCGGGAGACGGAACGAGCUCCAUCGGAUCUUCGGCGGCGACGCCGAUGCCGGCGUCUCCUGCGCUUCAUGCCAUGUCGCCUCGUCAACACAAAAGCUUGUCGGUCUCACUGCCUUCUGUGCCUGGAUCCAACGCAAGUAAUGGCUUUGGACCUUCGAGUACAGCAGGAUCUGCAGCAGCAUCUCCAACCGCAUCUACAGCCAGCAACAGCGACAAGGGAUCUGGGUCAUCAGCUCCUCCUCCACUGCAGUCGUCAACGUCGCUCCCCGCAAGGGAGCAUCCCCCUCUGAGUAUUGCGGUUCCGUCGGCGCCUACGUCGAUCUCGCAGCUCUUUGCUGAACCUGUUGCCUACGUCUGGUUCGACUUCCAUCACGAAUGCCGCAAGAUGGCGUGGCACAACCUGUCCAAGCUCAUGACGGAGGUGGAGGAGCAGUUCACACAGUAUGGAUGGUUCGAGUGUGAUGGCGAAGGAAGGCUACUUUCGCGUCAGCGUGGCGUCUUCCGUGUUAACUGCAUGGACAACUUAGAUCGCACCAACGUCGUAAUGAGCCUCUUUGCUCGGCGUACGGUGCUCAUGGCUCUGCAGCUGUACCCGUUCAAUUCUGCUGGAAGCGACAAGGACAACAGUGUACUGGACUCGCCGUACCACAGCUUUGAGGUUGUCUUUAAGAAUGCAUGGGCUGACAACGCAGACUACGUCAGCAGGAUGUACGCAGGCACAGGUGCACUUAAGACGGACUUUACGCGCACGGGAAGACGAACAAUCGCAGGUGCCAUCCAAGACGGCAUUAACUCGGUCACUCGCUAUUAUCUCAACAACUUCUCGGACGGCAUUCGCCAGGACUCCUUCGACCUACUCGUCGGAAACUUUGCACCGGAUAAGCGGGACGAGUCGCCAUUCACUUUCCAGCAGCAGCACAGUCUCCUGAAUAUGAUGCUAGAGGCCACACUUGCCACCCUUGCGGUUGUCAGUGUGUCUCUCAGCAUGCGCUCGGAGUUACCAGCGGCGACGCGUGUGCGCGACGGUGUCAUCGCAACCUUCGCACUCUUUACUGUAACGGGAUACCUCAUCCUCAAAAAGGGGAAGUUCCGUUCCAUUGGGCGUCGAUACGUCUGCAAGCCAGCGUUCAGCUCCAGUGGUUAUAUCCGCCGGAAAACGGUGUAGCGGAUUUGUAUUGGCAGGGGGCGAAGGAUAUACAAGUACCAUCGGUUGGAAGAAAGCACAAGCGGUAGGAGGAAUACAGGAUAAAGGAAAAAUGAACAAGAAAUUAUGACUUUGUUGAAA